AUGACAGGCCACGACGUCCCUCUGUCCUCGUCAUUGACGCUGGGCCUCGGCCUGCUCGCCGCCACGAUGACGAUCGUCACAGCGGGCAGCGUGGGGCUCGUGGGCUUCAUGUUGGGUCGUCAGCUGCCGUCGCAAGGAGAUACCAACAGCGCUUCUCAACACGGAAAGAGUGCGGUGGAACAGGAGCGACGCCACCGACUGCGCAUCCCGAGCGGAACGGCCAGCGAAGACGUCAAGAUCUCGGACAAGAACGCGAUCGUCGACGUGCGGAUCUCGGGCAUUCGGCCGCUCAUUCCGCCGGCGAUUCUGCGCGAGGAGAUCCCACUCACGACGACGAUCGUGCAGACGAUCACGCGAAGCCGACAGAGUCUGGCCAACGUCUUGCGGCGUCUCGACGACCGUCUCAUUGUCGUGGUCGGGCCGUGCUCUAUCCACGACGCGGACGCUGCAAUGGACUAUGGUACCGAAGCGCUUACUGGGGCUCAGAAGGAGCUGAACAAGGAGCUGCUCAUUGUCAUGCGCGUAUACUUUGAGAAGCCACGGACGACCGUCGGCUGGAAGGGACUGAUCAACGACCCCGACCUUGAUGGAUCGUUCAACAUCAACAAGGGGCUGCGGGUGGCACGGGAGCUACUGGCUGCGAUCAAUGAGCUCAGUCUGCCGGCUGGCUGCGAAUUCCUCGACACAAUGUCGCCGCAGUUCAUCUCGGAUCUGGUCAGCUGGGGCGCCAUUGGUGCCCGUACUACCGAGUGCCAGCUGCACCGAGAGCUGUGCUCGGGUCUGUCCAUGCCCAUUGGCUUUAAGAAUGGAACGGGGGGCGACCUGCAGUUGGCGGUGGAUGCCGUUGUGGCGGCGAAGCACUCGCACUGCUUUCUCAGCGUGAGCUCACAGGGGUUGGCCGCUAUCGUCAGCACCUCUGGGAACGACACGUGCCACCUGAUCCUCCGCGGCGGCAAGUCGGGUCCCAACUUUGGCAAAGAGCACGUGCAGGACGCGUCUGCUCGCAUGCUCCAGGCCGACCUGGUGGACAAUGUCAUGGGCGUGACCGAUGCCUGCAUGGGCUGGGACACGACCGUCGAGGUGCUGCGCGAUUUGGCUGCUGCUGUGCGCGAACGCCGGGCGAAGAAUUGCGAGUAA